GAGCGGCGCUUGGUGGACACGUCAGCACGGAGAGGAGAAUAAGUAAAGGAGAGGGGAAUCAUGGUGCAAGGAUCAAUGGCGUCCUCUUAUGUGCAAGCAACUCAGAGCGGAAUGACAGAGGGAGACAAGAGGAUGGCUGCUAAAGUAGCACGGGAAGCAAGAGAGAGCAUGGCCUCCCAAGGCACCUCAAUCUCGGGGAGGGAUUCAAGUCAACCCAGGGCGCUAGGACAGCGGGUCAUUGACUUUUUGAUUGAGAAAACCAAAAUAACACCGCCAAUCAAGAUCACGAAGGAAACUCAUAAGAGUCAGGAUGGUAAGGAAGAAGAAGUGGAUGUGUGGGAAUAUCCGGAGCAAGACAUUCCUUCGUUGCAUGAGUUAUACGGGAGGCAUGCAGCGCUGUUUAAUUUUGCAAGUAAAAGCAGGGAUCUGCCAUUGAAUGAGAAGAGACGAUGGGUGAUGGAACGUUUAAGAGGAUUGGAGAGUAUUCCGGGGGUAGAACCAGAGGUAUCAUAUCAUCAAGAGGGGGAAGUUCACUGUGAUGAUUGUAUGAGUAGACCCCUCCUAUGCUCAAUAUCUCCUAUCUUUGGGGUCACUGAAAUGCCAGGGAAGGUUGUUACAAUUCAGGCAUGGAAACCCCCAAGACCCCCGCAAGCGGAAGCUUCUCAACACAGGCAGAAAAUGAUGAAGGAGCAUUUUUGGGUCCAAUUUGAUAAUAUCUCGGAGGGUAUGGAUAGUUUUGUGCAGAAGAGAUUGUCGGAGGAAUACCAAAACAAUGCGAUCAUCGAUUGGCUGUCGGCAAAUCCGGACUUCCUGACACCUAAUCAUGAUUCAAGGGUGGCCUGUCUAGAGGGUGGGACAGGGGUUUUAAGCCCAUUGGGGGAACAAAUGGAAACUUCACAGCAAGAGGAUAGUGGGCUGACUCCAUCAAAAGAGCAAGAAAUGGAAGAAGCAACAGGCCAAGAGGAGGUGGGCACAGACAACGAGAAGGAAUUUUCCGAAGGGAAAUCAGCCAGCUCCGCUAUCAGACUCAAAAGAGAAGGAGAAGGAGGGGAGGGAGAGGAGGGAGAGGAGUCAGAGGAGAGUUCAAGCGAGGAUGGAUGGGAGGAUGCGGAGGAUGAGCAGGAGGAAAAACCUGAGACAUUAGAAAGAUGGGUUAAGUGUGUGCAGGCGCUAGAGUGAGAGAGGGCGGUGGAAUGUGAGGUUCGCCUGGCACAUCAUAAACACUUGCGUAAUUUGAAGGAGGCCACGGCAGCAACGGAGGGCAUCACUACCACAAAUCGCUUUGAGAUAUUUAAAAAGGAGAAGGAGAUAAAUGAGUUUUAUGCGA